AUGGCCACGACAGGCGUGUCUAUCACGCCUGCGCAGGCCACUGUAGCUCCAUUGGCUAUGGCUCCUGCCUUGGCUGCUAGACCCUCUGUCGCACCGUCGCCCGGCCCGGGUACGCCCGGCUCUAUCACAUCGAAGGAAUGGGUGAUCCCACCUCGUCCCAAGCCCGGUCGGAAGCCAGCAACAGAUACACCACCCACCAAGCGCAAGGCACAAAACCGAGCUGCCCAGCGGGCAUUCCGGGAGCGACGGGCCGCCCGUGUCCAAGAACUGGAGGAGCAGAUGAAGGAAAUCGAAGAUACCCAUGACAUCCGAGCCGCAACUUUCACUGAGCAGAUUAGCAAUCUAUCACGCGAAGUUGAGCAAUGCCGCGAGGAGAUGUCUUGGUGGCGUGAUCGAUGCCACGCUCUGGAGAAGGAAGUGUCGAUUGAACGCAGUGCAAAGGAAGCUCUUGUCAAGGAAUUCCGAGCUUCCAUGUCCCAAUCCAACAGCAAGUCUCCCAUGCCAGACUCGGUUCCUUUGCCACCUCGAUCACGCUCCUCUCGAGGUACUCGGAUGGAAGGUGUUGUUAUCACAGCCCCUGCGCGAAACAGGGAACCAGGGCCAGAGAAUGUGCCCCUUGGUUGCACUGACUGCUCUUCUUCGCACUGUCAGUGCAUCGAGGAUGCUUUUGGAAUGCCCAUUGAUACCCACGAGUCCCGUGGUAGACAUCCUCCUCAUGGAGUCGGCAGUCCCGAACGGGAGAUGUCUGAGCCCGAGAUCAAGCCUGAUCCGGAGGAAAUGGAAAUCGAUUUCACUGCUCGAUUCGCUGGUGUUCCUCUACAGUCGAGCUCCCACAGCAAUCACCACAAUAAUAAUGUCUCAUCCCCGCCUGUGGAUCCCUGUGGAUUCUGCCAGGAUGGCACUCCCUGCAUCUGCGCCGAAAUGGCCGCUCAAGAGCAGCAGCGCGGCCGCCGCAACUCUUUCGAGGACCAUCGUCUCCCUCCUAUCCAGUCUAUCUCCCAAUUCACACCACCCCCUUCCGACGGUGAUGUCCGCUCCGAGGUGACACUUCCAUCUAUCACUCAAGCCACCAACCCAUGUGCUAAUGGGCCCGGUACUUGCGCCCAAUGUCUUGCCGAUCCUCGGAGCACCCUUUUUUGCAAGACGCUGGCAGCCUCCCGGUCAGCGAGCGGAACUCCAUCGGGAGGAGGCUGCUGCGGUGGGAAGGGAGCCGACGGGGGAUGCUGCAUGUCAAGAAAUGCCCCCGCCGCCCCGAUCACGCGUAGCAACCCCUCCUUGUCUGCGCAAUCUGCCCCAUCCAAGCCCUCUACGCCCAAUGCGCUCACCCUGAGCUGCGCCGAUGCUUUUACUACUCUUUCCCGUCACCCCAACUUCAACCGAGCCAGCGAUGAUAUCUCGAACUGGCUACCUAAGCUUCACACUCUUCCAAACCCCAAUGACCCCUCUGCUGCAGUCACAGAAACCCGCAGCGGUCGUGCAGCCUUGGAGGUCGAAGCAGCAAGUGUCAUGGGCGUUCUCCGCUACUUUGACCGUCGAUUUGCAUCAAAAUAA